UGGAGGAGGUGGUGUACACUUCAGUGUACGUCCGGGCCUGGAGGAAGCAGCACCAGACCCUCGGCAGAAGCGCGCAUUUUUCGCCGGCAGAUCUUCGCUUUACAAACUCCGUCAGCGGUAGGAUUGUCCGCCAUGUCCAUUUUGGGGCUCGUCGCCAAACAGCUCAAGAGCCACCCAGCUCUCAUCCCCCUCUUCAUCUUCAUCGGUGGCGGGGCAACCAUGAGCAUGAUGUACUUGGGUCGGCUGGCUCUGAAAAACCCAGAUGUCUCAUGGGAUCGCAAGAACAACCCAGAGCCCUGGAACAAACUGCAGCCCAAUCAGCAGUAUAAACUUUUCACGGUUAACAUGGACUACUCCAAGCUGAAGAAGGACAGGCCUGAUUUCUAAGUCGACCUCCGUCUCUGAUGUUGUCGUCAGCGUGAGGCGCCUUUGCACUUUUUUUUUUGCCAAAAUACGAAACAAACCCGCGACGCAGAGUGAAGCUUGAUUCACACGCACUCUGCGUUGCACUCGUUCAGUUGUUUCAUUUGCAGUGUGGAGGGGGAAGGGAUCAUUCACUUAUCAAUGACUGUAUGAACAAAACAGGCAACCACCUGUUUUAAUAAUUGAUGAAUUUAUUUUUGAUGUUGUUGUAAAUUAUUAAAGCCAUUUCAAUCACA